UGAAUGUCCGGGUGGAGGGCGAGUGGCCCGAGCUCCAGUGACGGAGCACUGCCGCAGGGGUCUCGGGCCGCUAGGUAGGCACCUACCUACCUAGGUAGUGGGCAUGCGCCGUAGUCGGGAACUUUUUUCCAGUAGCCCUUUUGACGUGGGAUUUAUGCAUCACCAACUAUCAACACGCCACGGACCCCAACACACUCGUUUACCAGAACCCAUGCUAGUCUCGAGGACAUUAUGCGCCCAUUGCCGGUCGAGGCUUCUGGUCAGCUCAGCGCAUAUCGGUACGGCCCGAUCGAAUUCGACCGUGAGCUUCCCGGCCGCCACCGCCGAAACCUCGAGAACGAAAACACAGCCAGACCGAACCCAGUCACAUAAUCCGCCGCGGGUACCUGCGCGGGCAAAGAGCGUCAGCGUUGGCGAUCCGCGCACGAAGCAGAGGGCAUUGGAUCUGUUUGAAGAAAUCGUCAGGAGCAAGCCGCAGGCGCCCUCGGGUCUCAGCCAAGAUGUCACCCUGCCCUACCGUCUCGCCGACGAACUCGACAUGAUCGCGAAGAACAAUGAGAAUCUCUCUGCGACGGAGGUUGCCGCGAAGUCGUAUAUGGUCAUAAAGACGAAGCUGCUGCCGAUAUUGCAACAGGCGGACAUCCGAUUGCCACAGAGCCUUAUCACCAAAGCAACCCAGGCGAUGCAGCAGAUGGUGAAAGCCAAAUUUUCUGCCAUUGACAAUAAGGACCUCCCCAGCACUGCCAAUAUCUGCAAGAUUUACGCUGAUCUAAACAAUGUUCGGGUCGUGAGGAGACUGGAGCUCAUCAACGAGCUCCUGCGAGUGAUCGUGUCUUCCCAGUCCGAGUCAGGGGCCAAAUCCGUCGAAGAUCAAUUGGACGACCUAGUGGAAUGCUGGAAACACUUUUCAGGCUUGAGGCGCGUCAAAAGCGGCAUGGCCUCGCAUACGGAGUUCUGGAUUACCUCGAGACCAGACAUGCGGGGCACGGAGGAGCCCGCCAAGCUCUUCCGCCUGCUCUUCCCUCUGUUUGCGCUCAACGAACUGCGCGGCCUCACCCCCGCGCUCGUGACGACGUUCGUCCUGCUCUCCGAGCCCAAGCAUGCGUUGAGCAUGGCAAAAGAGGAGGCGCAGCCUUUGCUGCAAGCAUUGGACCCUAUCGUGAAGCGAUUCGGCCGCGAGGAGCUCCAGCCAUUCUUCGAUGGCUAUCCGGAACUAUGGAACUACGUUCAGCCCAGGGCGGAUUGGCGGGUUACUCGAACGGCGCCAGAAGCCUUGAAGGAUUCGAAUGCACAUGCUGUUGGGAAUUCGAGUCACACUCCGGCCGAAGGGCGUUUCUCAUAUGUUCUCUGGCACAAGCGCUUCAACGUGGCUUUUCGUUCGCCCGGCCUUACAGUGGCGAAGGAGACGUGGAGGGACCUUAUCGACCCUGCCAACGAUGACAUGCGGGCCGUGAGGCUUCGUCGCGCCCCCGAGUUGUUUGACUACAUCUUGUUCCUCGCCUGCAGCAAGAAGGAAGAGGGCGCCUCCAAACUGACUUCGGAAAUACUGGCGUACAUGAAAGACCUUGGACUCGCACCCUCGGUAAGGACGUACACGUCUAUGAUGAAUGGCUGGAAGCAGGCCAGGAAGCUGGACCCGAUCGAGCAUCUGUGGGCCACGAUCACGCGGUCGCCUCUGAAGCUAGAUGAGCAGAUCUGGUCGAUCAGGAUAGCCGCCCUUAGCCAACUAGGCCCAGAGAGAGCCGGCCUCGCCGCCUUGAAAGAGAUGGAGAGCCUGUGGGACGCGGAAGUGAAGAGCGGCAAAGCGAUCAAAGCAGACGAGCCUGGGGUCGCAGGUCCGAACGCGGUAAAGCCUGGGAUCGCGAGUGUGAACGCAGCCAUCUCUGGGCUGCUGAUGCGAAACCGCAUGGAUGUGAUACACGCGGUGCUGAAAUGGGCGACGAGCAGGGGCUUAGAACCAGACAUCUACACUUACAACAUGCUCCUCUCGCAGAUGCUCAAGAAAGGCGCUUCCGACGAGGUGGAUGCGCUUCUUUCCAGUAUGAAGGCGGCGGGUGUGGAGCCUGACGCGGCCACCUUCACCAUCAUUCUUGAAGCAGCCUUUGCAGGCCUCCACAAGCAGACGCCACGUGAGCAGCGAGAGGCCAUCGACGGGGUCUUCGCGGAGAUGGCCGCCUGUGGUAUCAAGCCCAGCCAGGAGGCAUUCGCCAAGAUGCUCUAUGUCCUUGUCCGGCAGGGCGCCGCUGCGGAUCACGCGAUCAACAUCGUGCUCGGCCACCUGCGCAGGAGCGACGUACAGCCCUCGACGGAGAUUUGCACGAUCCUGGUCGAACACUACGCCAGCCGCGAGCAGCCAGACCUCGGCUCCAUUCGCGCCCUCGUAGCCGACCGUCGCUCCCGCACCCGCGCACUAAUGGACCGCGUCUUCUGGGAGAGCGUCAUCAAACACUACCACCGCGUCGGCGACCUCUACGGCGCGCUGGAGAUCGUGUACGACCUCGAUGACUGGGGCAUCUGGCCCGCCCUUCCGCUUCUCGAGCCCCUGCUGCGAUCGCUGAUUUCCAAGCGAGACUGGGACGGCGCCAAGAAGCUAGUUUCGACCGUCAGCAAGCAGGCGCGACCCCAGGCAAAGGACAAACGGGACCGGUACUGGAAGCAUGCCUUUUGGGCUGCUGCCAAGGAUUACGAUCUAAUAGGCGGCCUGUAGCAAGCUUAUACGAGAUGUAAUUGGCAUUCGCCUUUGUACAAUAAAUCCCUAGUCAACACAGAUUUAAAACAUGAGUUAAUCAAACCCCUCAGCGCGU